GGAAUUCUGCAUGCAAUUGCCGACCACCGCCGACGAGCUCAACGAGCUCAUCGAGCGGAUCGACAUUCCCGACUUCAUCAGACCAGCGCUAAAGGAACGACUUCAGCAGCCCGCCUACAACAACCAGCACAUCGACGACGAGCACCUCUGCCACAUGAUCGCAGAUCAUCACACCUCCAACUGGAUGACAGCCAAGAGCGCAAGGCACUACCAGCUGCCCCGGACCAGCACCCGACCUGGAGUGCCAUACUCGGACGUCGCCUUCAACAUACACUUCGCCAUCAUGCCGAGGGCAAUCGACCAGGCAGUCCGAGAGGAAGAGGCCCACGGCCAGCAGAUAGGCGGACACGAGAUAGAGCAUGGCCUGAAGCCACACUCAGAAAAGACCAAGGCCAUCCUCAUGCACUACGGCGCGGGGGCCAAGAAGGAGAAACAGCGGAUUGCCAAGGAGGGCAUCACAUACCUAGAAUUGGACGGACUUGCUAUCAAGGUGCAGCUGGUAACGCAACAGCAAGCCCUCGGUGCCGUCAUUUCGGCGGGCGGGGUCAUGGGGCCAGAGAUCUGCCUAAGGGUCAACCGUGCGCUCGGUGCAGCCCAGCUUCUCGAGAAGCAGAUCCUCCGCCGCAAGAAGCUCUCGAAGAAAGCCAAGGUGAAGUACGUCUACUCUUUUUCGACAUCCGCGCUUACAUGCAACCACCAUGCCUGGAGCGACCUGACCUUGAAGGACCUGAAGCACAUAUCCGCCAAGUACAUGGGCCCAUACCGCGUCGCAGCCUCACCACCCAAGACCAAGUCACCCGACCAGCACAUCUCCGAAGCCGAGGCAAUCGCCAAGACAGGAGCACCCGACUUCAUCACCCACCAGCCGAUCGCGCGGCUACGAUACUUGCCUAGACUCCUGAAUAAUGCUCCAGCAGUGCUACUUCAGCUACCCGACGGCCAGCGCCAAAGAAAGGGCACAUGGAGCCGCCAGCUCAAGAAAGACUUCGACUUCCUACGGAUGUACUUACCAAAAGAGAGGUGGCCCAGCCAAACCCAGCACGACCGCGACAUCAUCAACUGGGCCCGACAGAAGCCGAAGCUAUUCACCUAUUCGCCAACGCAGCCAAGAAAGCUUCGAAGGCCUACAUUCUCCGCAUUCGCGACCAAGCUCAAGCUCGACCUCUGCGACGGCACCAACAACCAGAAGUACGUCUGCUACGCCUGCGGCCGAGUCGCCUCCAGGCAAGGCAUGCUAAUCCAUAUGGGCAGGGAUCAUCCAGACCACGAAGACCCGCGCUUCUGGGCGACAGGUACCGCGUGCCGAUGCUGCCAGACCGAGCACCACUCUCUUCCGAGGCUCAUCAAGCACUUAUUGGUGGCUCACCGUUGCCGCAAAUCCUGGCAUGCCGGGCACACCCAGACGAUGGAGCCUCUGACGGAGCAGCAAAUAGCAGAGAACCUCGCCGCCAUCGCCGAGGCCACAAACGCCUACAAGAAGCAAGGACGACACCCAACCUUCAGCGACAAGCCAGCCCACCCGUGCGACGUCACGCCGCUGCCGCUCCUCGAGACGUCGCCCGUCGUACCCAAAGUAUUCGCCAGACUUGAGUCAUCGCCAAGCAGUCCACCCGCGAGCUCGCCUGCAGAACCAGCAGAGCGCCAAGAGAUCGUCUUCAUCACCGACCGCCCUCGACAGGCUGCCGACCUCCAGCAGAUCAUGGCCAGCAACGGGACAACGAGCAUCAGCGGCCUGGACUACACCCAGAUCGCAAUCCCCUGCGAUGGCCAGACCUCAGAACUACCGGCAGAACUUCGGCGAGCACAACGCAGGAUCCUACAUGGCGAGGUAGCGGCCAUCUACGUAGAGUUCCCACGACGAACCUGGUACCUACACGAUGCAACCGACGUUCUAGGCAGCAGAGCAAGCAAACGGCGCACCCCAGGGGCACCCUGGGGAACGCCUCAAGUCUCCGAGACCAUCGCCGACGAGAUAUUCGCUGCCAACAACGUCACACGAGAGGUCUUGCGCAUGAUCUUCAUGGCGACCACGACCAACGUACCAUUCGUCGCAGCCAUCUCGGCGGAGUCGAUCAUCAGACAGACCCCCGAAUAUCGGUACAUCGCCAACCUGACGACUAUCUACGAGACCCCGACUAAUCACUACGACCUCGGCGCCAUACAGAUCCUCGACAACGGCACCCGCGACGACCUCCGCAGCAUAAUGCAUGCGGCAAGCGAAGAGGAGAUCGACUUCGCCAUCGCCGACCUGCUCGACGGCAACAUUGUGGCGAGAUGGGGCCUCAUAACCGCAGCCGUUGCGCCCACCAGCCAG